CUAACAGCCAUUUCUCUUUGUUCCUUUUUGAGGAGUGGCGUAUCUGAAAAGUGGAUGUUGAGGAUAACAUGUCCAAUGUGUCGGAAGAGAGAAGCACUAGACAGCAGGACAUUAAGAAAGGACUCCAGUUUAUAGAAUCUACUUUGCCCUAUCCAGGGACACAAGAACAAUAUGAGUUAUUUAUACGAGAGCUUGUUAGAAAUCUUUUCAAUGAAGGGAACGAUGUCUAUCGAGAAGGUGAUUGGAGAGGAUCACUGAGUCACUAUACAGAAGCUAUAAACAUAGCUGAUUAUGCUAAUUCUGAAGAAAUCCAUGUUUCUGAUGAUAUUGUAGAGAAGCUGCGUGUGAACAGGAUAGCAUGUUUUUCAAAUAUGGGAUUGCAUGAAAAAGUUCUAGAAGACUGUGAGAUAGCAUUGCGACUGAAUGAAAACAAUUUUAGAGCUCUCUAUCGGAAAGCAAAAGCUUUGAAGGAGCUGGGAAGGUAUAGGAAGGCUUAUGAUGCAGUAGCAAAAUGUUCUCUCGCUGUGCCGCAGGAUGAAAGUGUGAUUAAGCUUACCCAAGAAUUAGCUCAAAAACUAGGGUUAAAAAUAAGGAAAGCAUAUAUAAGAGCAAAGCCGCCCUCCUCAAAUUCAGUUUCUAGUGAUGUAUCAAGUCAGAAUUCUUCUUCUUCUGUAGAAGAUAUUGAGUUAGAUUUAUCUGACCAGAAGCAAGAGAUGGUUUCUGCGGCUUCACCAAACUUGGUUUCUGAAGUGACUAAAGUGUCAUCAGUACCUGUACCAUCUUUAUCUUCUGUUAUGCCUCUUCAAAUGGAAAAGGUUUCUUUGUCUUCUACGGUGUUGACAAAUGGAGGGAAUGUUUCUUUCUCUGUGCCAGAAGCAUGUUUAGAUUGUGGAGAUGGAGAUAUAAUUAUUGGGGAAGAACUUGAUGAAUUACUUGAUUCUGUGCCUGAUCCAGAUGAAAGUGUAAUGCAAACUACAGGAGCCAGAGGACCUAUUCCUGCAGGCAGCGUAGCUCCCAGUGUACCCUUCUCCACCUCCUUGCUGGGGACACUGCCAGUGAGCGCAGGGUUUGUUCCUUCGCCUUCUCUUUCGGAAAUCUUUUCACAGCCUUUGGCUUCUUCACUGGAAAAUUUCUGUUCGCCAUUAAGCACCUUUUCAAUCAGUGACCCAAAAAGAGACCUCUCAAGUUCAGCUUCUAGGGAUGGAACACCAACUCUUAGUAGUAAUAACUCCCCGCUGUUCAUAAAUGGCCCUAGUAGUUUGUUUGGAUCUGAAAAUUACAUGGGAAUUGCAGGCCAAACUAGAAAUGACUUCUCAAAUGUUUUUAGCAGUGCAACUGCUAAUGUACCUGUGUCUUCAGCACUUACGGGAAGAAACCCACUAGAAGGCACACAUGAGCUAAGGCAGGCCUGCCAGUUAUGUUUUGUCAAAAAAGGUCCUAAAUUAUUGGAUUAUGCUUACCAUCCCAGUUUAGAACAUAAAUGUAAGAAGGAUAUUCUGAUUGGCAGAAUAAAAAACUCUGAAGAUAAAUCAUGGAAAAAAAUACGUCCAAGACCAACAAAGACGCAGUAUGUGGGACCCUAUUAUAUAUGUAAAGAUGUUGCUGCUGAAGAGGAAUGCAGAUAUCCAGGUCACUGCACGUUUGCGUAUUGCCAGGAGGAGAUAGAUGUGUGGACACUGGAGCGCAAAGGAGCCUUUAGUCGAGAAGCUCUUUUUGGAGGAAAUGGAAAGAUCAGCUUGACUGUGUCCAGACUUCUUCAAGAACAUCAUGGAUUAUUUAUGUUUCUUUGUGAGAAAUGUUUUGAUCACAAACCCAGAAUAAUAAGCAAAAGGAACAAGGAUAACUCAUCUUCUUGUUCACACCCUGCUAUGCAUGACUUUGAAGAUAACAAGUAUGUCUGAAAUACCAUCUCUAAGUUUCUAAUUAAAACAAAAGCGUUGGGGCGUUUUUGA